AUGCUCUUCUGGAAGGUAUGCCCGCUUCUCUCCGCCAUUCUGGUGGCCGGCUUGACCGUCACCGAGACAGACGACGGCAUCACCGUCGAUGUUGAAGGUGACGAUGGCUUCGUCGUGACGAUCGACAGCACCGGGUCCAUCUCCUCACUUCAGUACCGAGACACCGAGUAUCAGUACUCCGAGACCCUGAGCCAUAUCGCCUCGGGGCUGGGAAGCGAUGCUUCUGUCUCGUAUACCACCCAAGGUCUUCCCCCUCACCCUCACCAAAGAUGUGCAAUCUACAUGGGCACGAAUUCCCUAUCUCAGCCUGCAGUGGGUGAACUGCGCUACAUUGCUCGUCUGGUGAAUCUGCCCGAAGCAUACAAGGAGGGCGAGGUCUCUGAUAUCCGAAAUGGCGAGGCCAUCGAGGGAAGUGAUGUCUAUCUCGUGGAUGGUGAGACGAGAAGCAAAGCUGGAUGGCAGUUCUACUCCUCCCAACGUUUCAUCGACGACUCCGUUUACUGCGCCUAUUCCACCGACAGCAGCGUGCACGCCUGUUUCCUGUCUGACACGCGCUCGCGCGAAAAGUCCUCUGGCGGCCCCUUCUUCAGAGACAUCGACCUUAACCUAGUCAGCGACUACCACUCCUUGACAUACUACAUGAACUCGGGCCACGUACAGACUGAAGAGUUCCGGACCGGGUUCUUCGGGCCGUAUAUUCUGUCCUUCAGCGGAUCUUCCAUCCCCUCCUGGUCUGAUUUUGACGUCUCCUUCUUCGACGAGCUCGAGUUGGACGGCUACGUCGGGUCCUCUGGACGUGGCGUCGUGACAGGGACAGUGAGCGGGACAUCAUCUUCUUUACCUACCAUCGUCCACUUCUACAACGACGACUAUCAGUCCUGGGCGAAUGCCUCGGACGACGGCUCUUUCACGUCUCCUGAGUUAGUGGAGGGCUCCUACACGCUCGCCUUGUACCAGGACGAACUCCUCGCCGCGACCACCACCGUCUCUGUGACGGCGGCAGCGACAGCAUCAGCUUCAAUCAGCGCGACGAAUACCAUCAUCACGGCUGACCGAACCACCAUCUUCCAGAUUGGCACAUACGAUGGAACUCCGUCUGGCCUGCGCAAUGCCGAAAACCAGCUCCGCAUGCACCCGUCCGAUUCGCGCAUGGCGGACUGGAAUCCCACCCCCUUCAUCGUAGACACAAAUUCUGAUUCUGACUUCCCGAUGGCGUUGUUCAAAGACGUGAACAAUAACUUUGAGAUCCAGUUCACGCUCGAUGAAGUACCUGACACAGACACGAUUACGAUGCGCAUCGCGACGACGCUCGCCUUUGCCAGUGGAAGACCGCAGCUUACGCUGAACGACGAUGAAUGCGGCGCGCCUGAGGCACCGACUAAGAUUGAUUCGAGGGGUGUCACGCGGGGCGCGUAUAGAGGGUAUGGCGAGGUGUACACCUGCGAGUUCGAUGUGGGCAGUCUGGUUGCCGGUCACAACUCGGUGUAUAUUAGCGUUGUCUCUGGGAGCAGUGGGGACGAAUAUUUGAGUCCAAAUUUUAUUGUGGAUGCGAUCGAGGCUUAUUAUUGA